AAUUAAUUUUAUUUUGGAAAAAUAUUUAUUAUUUUAUUCAUAUGCGUUAUUUCAUAUUUCCUCGUUUCUACCCUUUUUCCCCUUUCAGAAUCUGAUUGGUUCUCUCUUUCUCAAGAAAUUGAAGGAGCCCUAAAUUCUUCUUGAUCUGCUCUGCAAUUAUUGUUUGGAUUGUUCGAAUCGAAGAGAUUAAUGUCCUCACAACCUUAUGUUCUUGCGUUUCUUCCUUGAACUGUGAAGAAACAUUUUUCUCCUGGACGGAGAUUCAACUUUCUUCUCUCUCUCUCUCUUUUUUAUUUUGCGCAUUUGUUCUUUCCUUCAUUGAGAAAUUCGUACGCAGUUUUGAGUUUUGGGGUUCUUUAUGCAUAAUCAGCGUUAUUCGUGGUAUCGUUGGCCUUCGAACCACCACAAUCGAGGAAUUUAUGCGUGGUGGCGAGGUUAGGAGCUUAGGGUGUGGUUUCUUUUGGUGGAUGCUGUUGGUGGGGGAAGGAUAAAUGCUUGUUUCCGGAAAUAUAGGGCUUCAGGUCCUCUUGGUGUUUGUUGUUUUCCCAGUAAUCUGCUUGGUAAUCCGGCGGAAAUGGCGGCUCUCUGUGGCGAGGAAGGAAGAAAUUAAUCGUUUGUUGGUUGCGUCGUCUGAGGAGGCUUUUAGAGCUGAGCUUGAGGCCUCUGCUGGGUAUACUUCUUCAUCGUUCACUCCUCUCGGUCACCAGUGUGCUGUCUGUUACUCUCCAACAACUACACGCUGCGCUCGGUGCAAAGCGGUUCGAUAUUGCUCUGGCAAGUGUCAAAUCAUACACUGGCGACAAGGCCAUAAGGAAAAUUGCCAUCCUCCCAGCAUCUCCAAUCGAGCUGUUGCAUCUAGAACAGAUUUUGAGCAGAAAGUGACAGAACAAGAUCAUUAUGAAUCAUCUACAUCUGACUCAUCUGCUGCAUCAUUUUCUGGAUUCUCUAGUUCAAUUCUAAGCAGUGAAUCAUCUGAUGAUACUUCUACUAGUGAUAGUAGUAGUCAAAUCGAACCAGAGAAAUCCGAUGGAUAUAUGUCUGCUGAUGCAAUACCCGACUCACUUGAAAUUACAAGAGGCACUGACAUUGCUGAUCAACCCAAGCCAUUGACACCCAUGUUUGGUAACCUGGUUGAUUCUGUGGAUAGUUUUCCCUCAUCUAGUAAACUGAAUCAGCUUAAGCCCAGUGGUGGUCAUGGAAGGCAUUCACGUUCUUCCAUUGAUUCUUCUAGUUUUGUAAUUGAUGGCAAUCAUAAAGAGUCUGGUGUAACAGUUCCUUCUGAUUUUUGGGCUAGAACUCUUGACCAUAAGGGAUCUACAAGCGAUUCCCUGGGUAGUUCUGCCGUAUCCAAAUUUAGUGGAGGCCAUGGUAGGAAGUUGUCUAGCCCAUCAUCAUUUUCGUUUAACUCAUCAAAUGUAUUGCAAGCAUGCAGCUCUGAGGAAAAGAAUGCACCCAACAUCACUCUUCCUGGUACCUCAGAAGAUAAGAAAGGUAAAAAGCCUGUGGAUGGGGAAAAUUUAUCAAAAAACUAUAGUAUCCCUUUAAAUGUCUGCAACUCUGCUGAUUCCAAUAAUCAAGGUCAUAAAAAAACUGGUAAUUUUAAGCCAGCAUCAACUUCCCAUGUAAUUAGAUCGAGGUCAACCUCAAGUGUUCGUCCACCAAAUGGUUCAGGAGGAAAAACACUUGAUUCUAAUGUCAGCAUUUCACCACCUUUGAGAUCUGAAAGGUCAAAUAAAGUUGUGGUUGACACGAUUUCAAAGGUACAGAGUAAAGAUGGAAAUUUCUCACAAAGAAAAAUUGAUUCCGAAUGCUCUCUACCUUCAAGUGCUGGAGGGACAUCAGUUUCACAUUCACGCAUUCAGUCAGGAAGAGUAGAUACCAUGCAGGCAACUUCUGGCAUUGCCUCUCAAGUUGCAUGUACUCUCAACUCUAAAAAUGGCUUGAGAACGUCCAUGUUGAAAGUUGUUGAUCAGUUUAGAGGGUCCAAGUUGUUAAAAAACAGUCAUGCGUGUACUGUCACUGAAAUUCCUGGAAGGGUUAGCUAUAAGGGACUUUUCUCAUAUGAUCACUUUGUUAAGCUUUAUAAUUGGAACAAGUUGGAAUUGCAGCCGGCAGGUCUCAUUAAUUGUGGGAACAGCUGCUAUGCUAAUGUUGUGCUCCAGUGCCUUGCAUUCACUCCGCCUUUGACUGCUUAUUUUCUCCAAGGACUUCAUUCCAAAUCAUGUAUAAAGAAGGGGUGGUGUUUUAAUUGUGAGUUUGAGAGUUUAAUUUUGAAAGUCAAAGAAGGGAGAUCCCCAUUAUCUCCUGUUGGAAUAAUUUCUCAGUUACCUAAUAUUGGACGCCAACUUGGUAAUGGGAAAGAAGAGGAUGCACACGAAUUUUUGAGGUAUGUUAUUGAUACAAUGCAAUCUAUUUGCUGUAUGGAAUCUGGUGUGAGCUCAUCAGGCUCUUGGGAAGAAGAAACAACUUUGGUAGGACUUACGUUUGGAGGUUACCUUUUGUCAAAGAUAAAAUGCACAAGGUGCCAAGGCAGAUCAGAACGGCAGGAAAGAAUUAUGGACCUUACAGUUGAGAUAGAAGGGGAUAUUAGUAGAUUGGAUGAGGCUCUUCGAAAAUUUACUAGCCAAGAGAUUUUGGACGGUGACAAUAAGUAUUUGUGUAGCAGAUGCAAAUCUUAUGUAAGGGCAAAAAAGAAAUUGAAAAUACUGGAAGCUCCCAACAUUCUCACUGUAGUAUUAAAGCGCUUUCAGUCAGGUAAUUUCGGAAAGCUCAAUAAGCCUAUCAAGUUCCCCGAGAUAUUAGAUCUGGCACCAUUUAUACGUGGAACCAGUGAUAAAUCGCCCGUAUACCGGCUCUAUGGAGUGGUUGUUCACUUGGAUGUCAUGAAUUCUUCGUUUUCGGGACACUAUGUGUGCUAUGUCAAGAAUGCCAAAAAUAAGUGGUUCAAGAUUGAUGAUAGCACGGUAACUCCCGUCGACAUUGAAACCGUUUUGACGAAAGGAGCCUACAUGCUUCUUUACUCAAGGUGCUUGCCCAGGGCUCCUAGAUUAUUACGGCAUGGUACUGUUGCUGUCGAUUCUAAGACGAGAGCAACACAUUCCAGAACAGAUGAAAGGAAUACAACAGCUAAAACCACAAGCACUUCCACACGGCAGUCUUACCCGAGGGAUAGUCCUGGUGAACAUGGAAGUACUGGCUUCAUUCAUUUUGGACAUCCUCAGAUUCAUAGGAUUUUUGAAGAGGACUCAUCCAGUGAUCAUUCAUCUCUCCUCAGCAGUACCUCUGAUGAAGGUUCCUACAGCACAGAGAGCACUCGUGACUCGACAAGUGCCGAUGAGUUGUCAGAUUAUAUAUUUGGUGAUCCAGGGCGUGUAUGGAACGCUUGGCAAAACAUUCCAAGUCUAAGUUCUCAUGUUCAUCCUCUUCAUCUCUCGUGAAUUUGAAGCAUUCCCUUCUGGCUGAUCUGGACAGGUACGCAUCGCCUUCUCCCGCUUGUGCAGAGCCUCCUGUGGGAAUUUAUGAUCUUGCAGAAGAUAUAAGGGGAGAAGAAGUGUCUCGUUUUUGCCAUCUAACUCGAGUAGACAAGGUAGAGAUAUAGUAACUAAGUAGUAGUAGUAGUAAUAGUUCGGAAACUAACACUCUGACCAUGUAGGUUAUAACAAUGUAAAGUCUUAGUGUAUCUAUUAGAAAAUCAACCCAAGAAAAUAUACUGAAUUAUUUAACUGUUAUAUACAUUGAGUUAGAAAAUUGGUAAAUAAGAGUUGGAGCAAUGCUGUAUUUUUGAA